AUGACGUCUGAUUUGCGUCAUGGAAGGCAUUUAAUGACGCGGAUCAGGCGUCGUAACCCACGUCGUCAAAAGGGGGGUCAUGGAAACUUUUUCCAAGCACGACGUCUGUUCCGCGUCAUGGAAUGGGGUUUCAAUGACGCGGAUAGCGUGUCAUGGAAACUUUUUCAGAGCACGACAUCUAUCCCGCGUCAUGGAAUGGGGUUUCAAUGA